UCGAAGACCUCCUUCUCCAGUAGGCUCACGGCUACCCCAGUCAUACACCCAUACCCGUGAACUCCUUCCCUCCUCCUCCCAUUUGGACACAGUUCUCCCCGUUCAUCAUGAUCAGCCUCCUGAAGCGGUGCUCCAAGAUCUCUCGAAAUAUAUCACAAAGGACGGAGACUAUCCUGUUGCUCGUGGCGGGUUCGGCGAAAUCUGGAAAUGUGUACGCUGAGGAUCAACUUGGUCCAUCGAAAACGAAGAAGAUCAAGAGGAUAACGCGUGAACUCAGAAUAUGCGCCAACCUCCAGCACAAAAAUAUUCUCCCCGUUUAUGGUUAUACUAAUGGCUUCGGCCCAUUUAUAGCGCUGGUCAGUCCUUGGGCGGCGAACGGAAAUCUGACCGCCUAUUUGGAGCGUGUGGGUGCGGAUCUUACUCUUUUCAGAAAAUAUAAGAUACUCAGGGAUAUCAUAGCUGGUCUCCAAUAUCUUCACGCCAACAGUAUCAUCCAUGGCGACUUCACUGGUCCUAAUGUGCUCAUACAUGACGAUGGUACUGCGUGUAUUGCUGACUUUGGGCUCUCUUUGAUGUAUUCGGAGGUUAUAAGCGCCUCUCAGGCUUCCUGGACGUCCACGCUCAAAGGAAACAUGCGAUGGAUGGCUCCUGAACUGCUUGUACCAGAGCGGGAGGAUGGAUCUCCAACUCGUCCGAGCGAGCAGAGCGACAUCUUUUCCUUUGGCGGUAUUAUGUUACAGGUUCUCACCAACAAGAUUCCCUACUAUUACCUGCCGAAUGAUGCUGCUAUUGUCCUAUGUAUAGCCAGGUCGGAAAAGCCUUCCCGAUCUCGUUAUCCUGAGCUCCCUGCAAAAUACUGGGAGUUCAUUGAGCAAUGUUGGUCUACUGAUCCUCGGGACCGUCCGUCGACAGAGGGAGCCGACGUAGUAAUCAGGAAUGAAUUUUACUCGCUGUCCAGAUCUCGUUGAUUCUUGAACUGUCUUGGAUGUAACAGUCUAUUUACAGUACAACCGCAUAGACGGCAUCAGGCAUGGUACACCACUAAACGUAGGCUCACCCC